AUGUUUAUUACGCGAGCCCUGCAGAAGAUAUUGAACGACAAGGAGAUCAAGAAAUCACACAACAGUCAAGUGAGGAAAGCCUGCGAAUCGGCUCUGGAGGACAUAAAGAGGGAAUCGCAAGAAGUGCCCAAUGAGUCCAAAGAGGUGGAGGUGUCGUCAGCCCUCCCGGAGCCCAAGAAAGACAACGCCGUGUCCAUCGACGCCGAGAAGUAUUUCCUGCCCUUUGAACUCUCGUGUCAAUCAAAGUCACCGAAGAUUGUGGUGACGGCUUUGGACUGCAUUCAGAAACUCAUUGCUUACGGACACAUCACCGGCAAUCGAGUCGAUCCCAACAAUGCCGACAAACUUCUCAUUGACUCCAUUGUGGAGACCAUUUGCGGCUGUUUUCACGGCCCCAACACCGACGAUGGCGUUCAGCUACAGAUCAUUAAGGCGUUGCUCACAACCGUCACAUCCCAUUCCUGUCAGGUCCACGAGGGCAGCAUUUUGCUGGCUGUGCGCACCUGUUAUAACAUAUAUCUCGGUUCAAAGAACCUCAUCAAUCAAACCACGGCGAAGGCCACUCUCACUCAAAUGCUUAACGUUAUCUUCAGUCGAAUGGAAGCGCAAUAUGUGGACAAAAAGCCUUCAGAUUGUCCCCAAUUGGACAGCAAUACCAUUAAUGGCAACAUUGAGGACACGACUAGCAUUGCCGCCAAUGAUGACUCGACAUCCGUCGAGGCAGUGGUUGAAAGUGUUGUCAAUGAUAUGAUUGAUAGAGUAGUGAAUAUGACGACAAUGCCGUCCACUCUCUCGUCGUCUACACUCCCGUCUAUGUCUGUGAGCACAACAACUCUGGAAGAGAGCGGUGAGAGUGGAGACGGUUUGGACGUGUCUUCAAUGGGUGCUCGCAUUCCUUCCUCCGAAAGCAUCGAAACGACUGAUUCUUCGGCCAUAUCUAGUGAUACGAUUCACUUGAGUUUCACUCAUGUGCUACAAAAGGACGCAUUUUUAGUGUUCCGCUCGUUAUGUAAGCUAAGUAUGAAACCCCUUCCCGACGGACAUCCAGACCCCAAAUCACACGAACUUCGCUCUAAAAUUCUUUCGCUUCAACUUAUUUUAUCAAUACUUCAAAACUCUGGACCAGUGUUUCAAUCGAGUGAUAUGUUUGCGGUUGCGAUCAAACAAUACUUAUGUGUCGCUCUCUCUAAGAACGGCGUCUCAAAUGUUCCCGAAGUGUUUGAGCUCUCGUUGGCCAUCUUCUUAGCACUUCUGCACAAAUUCAAAGUUCACCUCAAAAUGCAAAUCGAAGUCUUCUUUAAGGAGAUAUUUUUGAACAUUUUGGAGACAAUCACGAGUUCUUUUGAGCACAAAUGGAUGGUUAUUCAGGCGCUGACCAGAAUCUGCGCCGACGCCCAGAGUGUUGUCGAUAUUUAUGUCAAUUAUGACUGUAAUCUCCAGUCAGAGAACGUAUUUCGAAGACUUGUCAACGACUUGUCGAAGAUAGCACAGGGAAGAGGACAUAUGUUAGACGCCAUUAUCAUUACCACCACUCAGGAGAGAAGUAUGAGAAUCAAAGGCUUGGAGUGUUUGGUAUCGAUUCUCAAAUGUAUGGUUGAGUGGAGUAAAGAUCUUUAUGUGAAUCCCAACCAAUUAGUGAAUUUGGGAAAUGAAAGAGUGGACAACAAUACUAAUAAAGACAAUACCAAUGCGAGUGAAGAAGCCAUUGAUGACAAUUUCAAUACGUCUAACACUGACACUAAGGGACAGUUAGAACUCGAUAGCCCUCAACAGUACGAAGAAGUGAAGCAUCAGAAAGACAUUAUAGAACACGGAAUCUCUUUGUUUAAUAUGAAGCCAAUGAAAGGAAUCGCUUUCCUUCAGGAGCACAACGUUAUAGACACGAGCGCUUCGAGUGUCGCACAACUGUUUCACACCAACGAAACGCUGGACAAGACACAAGUGGGGGAGUUCUUGGGCGACAUCGACCCCUUCAACAGGGAAGUCAUGUGCGCAUACGUCGAUCAGAUGGACUUCUCGGGCAAAGACUUUGUGUCAGCGCUUCGUUCAUUUCUGAUGGGCUUUCGACUGCCCGGAGAGGCUCAGAAGAUCGACAGACUUAUGGAGAAGUUUGCGGCGCGUUAUUGCGAGACUAACUUCAAUAAUGGUCUGUUCGCCAGCGCCGACACCGCCUAUGUGUUGGCCUAUUCUAUCAUUAUGUUGACGACAGACCUCCACAGCGUUCAAGUGAAGAACAAAAUUACUAAAAACCAAUACAUUGUUAUGAAUCGCGGAAUCAAUGACAGCAAGGAUUUGCCCGAAGAGUAUUUGUCUCAAAUAUACGAUGAGAUCGCCGGCAGUGAAAUCAAAAUGAAGGCCAAUAACACAAGUCGACGCAAAUUGGGUCGAGAGGUGGCGAGUGAGAAGACCCGCCGUAUCCUCUAUAACGUGGAGAUGGAGUCGAUGGCCGCCACAGCAAAGGCCUUAAUGGAGAGCGUAUCUCAUGUGGAAUCGCAGUUCACUUUAGCCAAACAUCACGAGCACGUGAGACCCAUGUUCAGGAUCGCUUGGACACCAUUUUUGGCCGCUUUUAGUGUCGGUCUCCAAGACUGCGAUGACCCAGAAAUUGCGUGUUUGUGUUUGGAUGGCAUCAGAUGUGCCAUAAGAAUAGCGUCAAUAUUCCAGAUGACUUUAGAGAGGGACGCAUACGUUCAGGCCUUAUCCCGGUUCACACUCUUGACCGCCACUUCCACUCCCAGCGAAAUGAAGAGCAAAAAUAUCGAUACAAUUAAAACACUGAUAACUGUUGCGCACACAGACGGCAACUAUUUGGGCAAAUCAUGGCUCGAAAUCUUGCGCUGUAUUUCUCAGCUUGAAUUAACUCAACUGAUAGGCACUGGAGUUAAGCCCCAACUCUUGAAUGCCGUGAACGGCACCCCAAACAGCACCUCUCAU